UUGUGUUGUGUUAAAUUGAGAGGUCCGUCUCCCCUGUUUUUCUCUCACUUUGCUUCGUUUUCUCGAGGGAGAUAGUGGUUUUUUCAGGGGGAAAAAGAGGUUUUUCGGGAGCGGUUUCUGAGCCAGUACCGGUGGUUUCACGGUUCCUCAUUGGCUUAUCGGUCACCAUUUAAUUUCGUCUCGUGAUUUUCAGGACAUCAUCAUGGUGAGGAAGAGGAGAACUGAACUUCCUAGCGGGGGUGAAAGCUCUCGGCCUCAGCAGGAAAGCAGUGGGGGUGGUAGUGGUGGUCGGGGUUUCCAACCACGGCCUUCUAAGGGGACUGCUCACCCCAAUCAGCAACAUGGAGGAGGACAGCAAGGGGGUAGAGGUUGGGGCCCCCAAGGCGGUCGUGGAGGUCAUAGUGUGGGGCACAGUGGUCGUGGAAUGACACCACAGCAACAAUAUGGCGGGCCACCUGAAUAUCAAGGCCAAGGAAGGGGAGGACUACCCCAGCAAGGUGGUCGUGGUGGCAUGAGUGGUGGCCUUGGUGUAGGACCUUCCCCAUCAAUACCAGCAGAUCUCAAGCUUCCCGAGCUGCACCAAGCAAUUCAUGUUCCAUAUCAACCGGGGGUCAUUCUGCCUGGGGGCACAUCAUCUGAGGCGAGUUCAUCUAGCCAACCACCCGAGUCAUCUCAAGUGUCCCAGCAGUCUGAGAAACUCACCAUCGAGGGUGCUUCCAGCCAGGCAAUUCAACCUGUGCCACAAUCUAGUAAAUCAGUGAGGUUCCCUCUUCGGCCGGGCAAAGGUAGCAUUGGAACAAAGUGUAUAGUUAAGGCUAAUCACUUCUUUGCUGAAUUACCAGACAGAGAUUUGCACCACUAUGAUGUUACGAUUACUCCUGAGGUGACAUAUCGUGCAGUCAACAGAGCUGUAAUUGGACAGCUCGUGAGAUUAUACAGAGAAACACAUCUUGGAAAGAGGCUUCCUGCCUAUGAUGGGCGGAAAAGUCUGUAUACUGCUGGGCCGCUCCCUUUUCAAUCAAAGGAGUUUAGGAUUGUACUUAUGGAUGAAAAUGGAUCUGGCGGCCAAAGGAGAGAGAGAGAAUUCAAAGUUGUGAUCAAAUUUGUUGCACGUGCGGACCUGCACCAUUUAGGACUCUUUUUGCAGGGUAGGCAAGCUGAUGCACCCCAGGAAGCACUUCAAAUUCUUGAUAUUGUCCUGCGUGAAUUACCUACUUCUAGACCUAGUUACUGUCCGGUGGGUCGUUCAUUUUAUUCCCCUGAUCUGGGAAGAAGGCAGUCAUUGGGUGGGGGUUUGGAGAGUUGGCGGGGUUUCUAUCAAAGCAUUCGUCCAACUCAGAUGGGACUGUCUUUGAAUAUCGACAUAUCUUCGACUGCUUUCUUUGAGCCAUUGCCAGUAAUUGAGUUUGUAAUGCAGCUGCUGAAGCGGGACAAUACAUCUAAACCUUUAUCUGAUCCUGACCGUGUAAAGAUCAAAAAAGCCUUACGAGGAGUCAAAGUCGAGGUAACACACCGUGGAAAUAUGCGCAGGAAGUACCGCAUAUCUGGUUUAACAUCGCAGGCCACACGUGAGCUGGCGUUUCCUAUUGAUGAAAGUGGUACAAUGAAAGCUGUGGUCGAGUACUUCUAUGAAUCAUAUGGCUUUGUUAUUCAACAUCCACAAUGGCCAUGUCUGCAAGUGGGGAAUGAACAGAGACCAAAUUAUUUGCCAAUGGAGGUUUGUAAGAUUGUUGAGGGUCAGAGGUACUCUAAAAAGUUGAAUAAAGGACAGAUUCAAAAUUUACUUGGGGUGACUUGCCAGCGUCCUCAGCAAACGGAGUAUGAUAUAGUGAAGACAGUUCGUCACAAUGCUUACCAUGAUGAUCCUUAUGCAAAGGAAUUUGGUAUUAUAAUCAGUGAGCAGAUGGCUACAGUUGAAGCUCGCACUCUUCCAGCACCAUGGCUGAAAUAUCAUGAUGCAGGCAGAGAAAAAGAUUGCCUGCCACAAGUUGGACAGUGGAAUAUGACAAAUAAGAGAAUGGUUAAUGGGGGAGCUGUCAACAAUUGGAUUUGCAUAAAUUUCUCACGCGAUGUGCAAGACAGUGUGGUCCGUUCGUUUUGCCAGGAACUUGCUCAAAUGUGUUGCAUUUCAGGCAUGGCAUUUAAUCUUGAACCAGUACUUCCACCAGUGACUGGCCGUCCUGAUCAGGUUGAUAGAGUCCUGAAAGCUCGGUACCACGAUGCCAUGACUAGACUCCAGCCUCAGAGAAAGGGGCUUGACCUGGCUAUCUUUAUUUUGCCAGACGAAAAUGGCUCUCUUUAUGGUGAUUUGAAGCGGAUCUGCGAGACAGAUCUUGGACUUGUUUCCCAAUGCUGCUUGACGAAGCUUGUAUUUGAUGGCAAGAGGAGGAAGCAAAGUCUGGCAAAUGUGGCAUUGAAGAUAAAUGUCAAGGUGGGAGGAAGGAAUACUGUGCUUGUUGAUGCACUCUCCCGGCGCAUACCUUUUGUCAGUGACCAGCCCACCAUAAUUUUUGGUGCUGAUGUUACCCAUCCUCAUCCAGGAGAGGAUUCAAGCCCAUCAAUUGCGGCUGUUGUAGCAUCUCAAGAUUGGCCAGAAAUCACGAAGUAUGCUGGUUUGGUUUGUGCUCAAGCCCAUCGAGAAGAGCUGAUCCAAGAUCUCUUCAAGACAUGGCAGGAUCCUGUAAGAGGGACAGUGUCUGGUGGCAUGAUUAGGGAACUACUCAUAUCUUUCCGUUCAGCAACUGGGCAGAAACCAAAACGUAUCAUAUUUUACAGGGAUGGUGUGAGUGAAGGGCAGUUCUAUCAAGUCUUGCUGUAUGAACUUGAUGCUAUCCGAAAGGCUUGUGCCUCUUUGGAGCUGAACUAUCAACCUACUGUGACUUUUGUUGUGGUUCAGAAGCGCCAUCACACAAGGUUGUUUGCCAACAACCAUCGUGACCACAAUACAGUUGAUAGGAGUGGAAACAUAUUGCCUGGUACAGUUGUAGAUUCCAAAAUUUGUCAUCCAACUGAAUUUGACUUCUACCUUUGUUCUCAUGCUGGAAUUAAGGGCACAAGUCGUCCAGCUCAUUACCAUGUACUCUGGGAUGAGAACAAGUUUACAGCCGAUGGGCUGCAGUCCCUUACAAAUAAUCUUUGCUACACGUACGCAAGGUGCACUCGCUCUGUUUCCAUUGUGCCCCCUGCAUACUAUGCUCAUCUUGCUGCUUUCCGAGCUCGGUUCUAUUUGGACCCAGGGUCCUCAGAAAGUGGUUCCAGGACAAGUGGUACUGCCGGUGGACAUGGUGGUGUGGGCGGAGCAGGUCCACGAAGCACUCGUGGACCUGGAGCAAAUGCUGCUGUGCGACCCCUACCUGCACUCAAGGAGAAUGUCAAGAGGGUCAUGUUCUACUGUUAGGCUUGUUGGUUCCUGGCAGAGAUCAACUUAUGGAUUAUUUUUAGAAUACUGUUCUGUUAUAUUCCUGUAAGCUUUCACUGCACUAUGUUAAUUUGCUGCACUACGUAUAUUUACUUACAUUUUUCAAAGAGAACAUGUGUGAUUUAUACACCU